GUUUAUUGCGAUGUUUCUUUGCUUCGACUGGCUUUGGGACAUUCCGUUUCCUAUUGCCCAAUCACUGCGGCAGCAAAGUGGCAGUACAGGAUGUUCUCUAGGGAUGCGAUCUCAGGAAAUAAUUCCGGCCUCGAGAAGUCACCUUAAAAAGUGACUGGGCAGUGCACUGCCAGCUGAAAGGAGAAUCAUGAUAGAUGCAAUUCAAAGCAGGGUUUCCUCCCCAGGUGCACGUGUGAACACCAACAAGGGGCGGGGUUUAGGGAUUUCGCAGCCCGGGGAGGCGGGUUCCGCCGUGUCGGAUCUGGAGUGGAGACCGCUCUCUGCUUGCGCGUGCGCAUUGCGAACCUUCCCCGACGCUGUUUUCUGCUCCAAGAUGGAAUUCCGCUCCGCGCGGCAAGCAAUAAUGCAGCUGCUACGUACGGUGGCUCCGGCAGACCUCCCAGCGCUGCUCGAGUGGAUGAGAACUACCCGAGAUUUUGAUGAGUUCACUCAAGAUAAUAAUGACAUUAUGUUGAAAAACAUAGCAGAAGACCUUCGGAAUUGCUUACCUCUAGAAACCAUGCUUUCCUCAGAACAUCUAGCGCUCCAAAAAAUACAGCAGCAGCCAGAACCCACAGUUCACGUUGAUGCAUUCCUUUAUGAUGAAGACUUUAUUGAUUCAUUAUGUGAGGAAGGAAAAAUGAGCAGAAACUACUGUAUGGUGUGUGGCUCACACCAGACUGCACCUUUAGGAUUUAUUUCUCAUUCCUUCUCCCUCAUGGAAUUGAAGUUCAUUUAUCAUCAUGUCCUCCCUGAUCUGUCGGGAAAGGUCUUGGUUGACGUUGGCUCCAGGCUUGGCACAGUCCUUUAUGGGGGUUAUCUUUACAGUUCAGCACUGCAACUAUAUGGAGUAGAAUUGAAUGGAGAUUUCUGCCAGUUGCAGGAAAUGGUUAUUAAAAAAUACCAGUUCACUGACAGAAUAAAGGUGCUUCAUGCAGACAUCUGUACCCAAGGUUCACUUCUGCAAAAUGCUGAUGUUAUUAUAAUGAAUAACGUCUUCGAAUAUUUUCUUGAUGAGGCAGAACAGGCCAGAGCCUGGGAAUAUAUCAGCCAUAAUGUAAGGAAACAAGGAUCCUUAUUAGUAACAGUACCAAGCCUUGAAGAUUCUCUCUCAAGUCUUCAGAUUAAUAUACAGUUAUCUCCCUGGGUUGAAGAGGUACCAUUGAACUACGAUGUAUACCCAGAAAAGCAUAUUGACAGAGAAGCUCUUGAACAAAUUCAUUUGUAUAAGAUUCUGUGACAUUAAAAUAGUCCUAUCUCAGUA